CGAUUGUCGGCUCAAAUGAACGGUUCAAUUGCCAUCCUCUCCUCGCCCUUUUCAACCAAGCUCUCUCCCUCUCUCUCACAGAUGGACCUCACUACUCUUCCCUUGGAGUCUAUGCUCUUCCUUUGUCUUGGCUUUUUGGUGCUCUUGGUUGCUCUGCUUAAGCUAUCAGGAGGCGAGGCCAAGAACCUUCCUCCAGGGAGGCAGGGUUGGCCUCUGGUGAGAGAGAACAUAAGCUUCUACUGUGCCUCGAGGCACAGCUUCUUCGAUUUCCUUCAACCAAGGAUCUCUAGGUACGGGAAGAUCUUCACCACCCACCUGUUUGGCAAGCGGACGGUCAUCUCUGCAGAUGCCAACUUCAACAAAUGGGUUCUACAGAACGAAGGGAAGCUGUUCAGGGCCAAGUUCCCAAAGGCCUUCAGCGAGGUCUUCGGCAAGUACGGGAUGCUAUCCAUCCAUGGCGACCUCCAGCGGAAGCUUCACGGCGUCGCCAUCAACCUGCUCGGCCAGGACAAGCUCAAGGCCCAUUUCCUAGCCGAGGUGGACUCCAUGAUCAGAACCCGAGUCCGCCAGUGGGUUGGCGGGGAGAUCCUCCUUCAAGACGAGCUACGCAUGAUGGUGCUGGAGCUCAUGUUGAAGCAGCUACUGGACAUCGAUCCGUCGGAAGAAGCGAGAGCCAUCGCCCGAGAAUUUCGCGAUUUUACGAGUUCCGGGAUCGGUUGCUUACCUAUUCGGAUUCCAGGAACCAGGUUCUACAGAGCACUCAAGGCAAGGGAAGCAUUGGUUGCGAGGGUGAAGAAGGAAAUCGCGGAGAGGGAGGAGCACACGGAGGUGAUGAGAGGGGACCUGCUGUCGAGGUUGCUGAGGCAAGAGAGCCGGCUGCCGGAUGAGGUGAUCGUGGACUUCAUCCUCUUCCUGGCGCACGCCGGCCAUCAUACUUCUGCAAGGGUCAUGGUUUUUGCCGUCAAACAUUUGACCGACAACCCUGCUGCCCUGCAGCAGCUUAGGGAAGAACAUGACGCCAUUGCCAAGGACGUGGACGGCGGCAGGCUCACAUGGGAUCACUACAAAUCGAUGAAGUUUACUCAAUGCGUUGUCAACGAGACGCUUAGGCUGAAUGGAGCAAGUUUGCUUGUGAGAGAAGCGCCCAACGAUGUUCCAGCCGACGGCUAUGUCAUCCCCAAGGGUACCUCCAUCAUCCUUGCAUUGGAUGGAGUCCACAAGGAUCGGGAAAAGUAUGACUUCCCUUUGGUUUUUAACCCAUGGAGGUGGCAAUCGGCUGGCCUUCCCCAGGAGAAGGAUGCCGCGUUCGCACCAUUUGGUGGGGGUCCCAGACUGUGUCCAGGAUCACAGCUUGCUCAACUGGAGGUGUCUAUCUUCCUUCACUAUUUAGUCACCAAUUGCAGGUGGGAGAAGGUAAAGGAGGAUCAAGCUAUACAGUUUCCUGCUCCAAAUUUCCCACUUGGAUUUCCCAUACGUCUGUAUCCAAGGGAAAUGUGAAAGAUGCACACAAGAAAACGGAAAAAUAGUACCCAUAUGACCACUUCCUCAUGAAGACUACAUGUGUCGGCAUCAAAUGUAUCCGCAUGAAGCAAAUACAAAGGGGAACCUGUACAAGCAAUCAUAUUUAGGCGAUCUGCUUUUGAGGUUGGUUCACUCUGCAAAUUAUGAGUGGAACACAGCUUCUUUGAAGACUUGAAGGAUACAGCUUAUGUAGUUUGAUGUUUGUGAGUUGACUGAUAAAUGGGAAGCAUUAGAUUCUAUGA